UCUUCCAAGCCUUCAUCGUUCAAACUCAAUCCCCCUGUAUCUACCUACAAUUCCGACGCCAUGUUUAGAGCACUAAGCACAAGGAAAGGUCGCCGAGAAGGAUACGACCAAUUGAUCAGCGAAUCCACCAAAGACGAUCUCUUGUCCGACCCUAAGAUGUUCAGAUCCACCACGUUGCCUGCCAAUUUCUACGGCGAUUCGCCGGUGAAGCUUGUUUGGGAACCAAAAAUUCCGGUGAAGGUAGAUGUGAUAGAAAAGCAAGUGAAGAAGGUGAGCAAGGUUCAUCCGUUGUUCAGCUUAUUCGAGAGGAAGAGCCGAAAGAAGAAGGCAACGGCUAAACCAGAGUUCUCAAGGUACAUGCAGUAUCUCAAGGAAGGAGGUUUUUGGGAUGCUGAUUCAUCUAAGCCUGUUAUCUACUAACAGAUUUAUUUCAAUCAAAUAAUAAACCCCUCGAAAUCAGAAGAUGACUGGAUGGAUGCCUAACAUUGUAAUUAAAGUUGUUGCAAUCUAUAUAUCCUUAUACACCAAUUUUUCCAUUGAAUUUUAUACAUCUUAAUUAGGGCUUGUGAAUACACGGUGUACCAUUGGAAUAGACCAUUCCUAUACAGUAUCAUAUAUCUAUUCUUACACAUCAAAUCGAUCUACAUAUGCAAAUCGGAUUUUUUUCUACUCAGUUGCAAUUACUUGGAAAA